AAGAUUGAAAGGAAAACUGCAGGCUCUCCCCGAUCCACAUAUUAAAGACGACGCUCUCCCCGAGGCUUCCUUAGAUUACAGAUCUCCCUUCGAAGUUCGAACACUCGGAACCACAUAGUACAUCGUUUCUUCUCUCGUCGAUGGAGGAUAACAAGUGCCCCAAGCCCAUCCGGUGCAAAGCGGCCGUGUGCAGGGCCGCCGGCGAGCCGCUCGUGGUGGAGGAGAUCGUCGUGGAGCCGCCCAAGGCCCACGAGGUCCGGAUCAAGAUCGUCUGCACGUCGCUCUGCCACAGCGACGUCACCUUCUGGCGCAUGAAGGAUUUCCCAGGCGUUUUCCCGAGGAUAUUUGGUCACGAAGCAUUCGGGGUGGUGGAGAGCGUGGGCGAGCACGUGGAGGGCUUCGCCGCGGGCGACGCGGUGGUGCCGACGUUCCUGGCGCAGUGCGGCGAGUGCCCGGACUGCAAGUCGUCGCGGAGCAACGUGUGCUCCAAGUACCGGUUCAUGGUCCGCCCGGGGAUGCCGCGCGACGAGACCACCCGGUUCGUCGACGCCAACGGGAGCCCUGUCUACCACUUCCUCGGCGUGUCCAGCUUCAGCGAGUACACCGUGGUGGACGUCACCCAGGUCGUCAAGGUCGACCCGUCCUUGCCGCCGCCCACUGCCUGCCUCCUCAGCUGCGGCGCCACCACUGGGGUCGGAGCGGCGUGGAAGCUGGCGAAAGUCGAGCCGGGAUCUUCAGUUGCUAUCUUCGGCCUCGGCGCUGUCGGAUUGGCGGUUGCUGAAGGAGCCAGGAUUUGUGGGGCGUCAAAGAUCAUCGGCGUGGAUUUGAACCCCGAGAAGCAAGAGCUUGGAAAGAAGUUCGGUGUGACACAUUUCAUCAAUCCAAAAGAACUUGGUGAAAAAACUGUCAGCCAGGCGAUCAUAGAGAUGACUGACGGCGGCGCGGACUACUGCUUUGAGUGCAUCGGGCUGGCGGCGCUGAUGAGCGACGCAUUCCAGAGCUCUCGGGCUGGAUGGGGCAAGACGAUCAUCCUCGGAGUGGAAAUGCACGGCUCCCCGUUGUCCAUACCUUCACAUGAGAUCCUCCACGGGAAAUGCGUCAUGGGAUCGCUCUUCGGAGGCGUGAAACCUAAGGAUGAUAUUCCGAUUCUCGCUGACAAGUACCUGAACAAGGAGCUGGAGUUGGACAAGUUCAUAACUCACGAGGUUCCCCUGAAGGACAUCAACACGGCAUUUGACCUACUGCAGCAGGGGAAGAGUCUCAGGUGCACCAUAUGGAUGGAUAAGUAAAAAAGCUGCAGAACGAAGCUGCUUGGUGAAGUUUGCUGCUCAUUCCAGUGAUAAUUGGAUUUUACUGCUGCUGGAAGUACUACUGUGUGUGGUGGACUGCGUGUUAACAUCUUGUGCCGAAGUAACUUGAAUACCUCCCUGUAAAACUUCAUUGAUCAUCAGACAUCAGUGCUAUAUGCUGUCUGAAUUAAAUAACGAUCUCUGCAAAUGCAAUUCUUUGACACUUUGUACAA